AUACCCACAAUACUGAUCAAGAAGAUUUGAAUGCUUUGGCUCAAGUAAAGUAAAGAGAGAGAGAGAGAGUGGGGGGGUGGUAAAGAUGUAUGCGUUUCAUCAAUGAUAGUUGAUACUUAACUCCUUUUUUUUUGCAUGGAUGAGUAGGGACUGAUAUCAAUAUAUGAAAAAUCGCAGUUAAAUGAAGAGGAGGAUAAAAUAAGGAUAAGACUGAUGAGAUGGAAGGCGCAAAUAUUAGCUGGUGUGACAUGUACAUUUUCAGGCGUGAUUCCUAAUGAUCAAGAUGCUACGCGGAGUAGAUUUUGGAAACUAGCAACAAGUUAUGGAGCGCAUUGUUGCUUAGAUUUGACUGGUAAAGUGACUCAUCUGAUUGCGUCCAGGACAGGUACAACUAAAGUCAACAAAGCAAAACACUACCAACGUAUUCACAUUGUAUCAUUGGCAUGGCUUUUGGAAUCCGUAUCGCAAUGCACCAUGCAAGAUGAAACUUUAUACCCUUUGAUCUCUUCUUUACCUGCAUCUGCUGUGGUUACUCCUGUCUCAACACCAUUGGGUGACGAAGAUGAAUUGUUGCUACUAGAAGAAAAGGAAGAAGGAUUGUCAGAGAAUAAGUCAAAGACAGAUAAAUGGAAACAGCAAGAUAUGAGAGAAGACGGUACAGCAACGGAAACACCAUCAGUCAAUACAUCUAAUGGUACUACGUCUAAUCAUGAAGAUAACAACAAUCUUGAUCUGGAAACAGAAUUCCAUGAUAUUGAUCAUAUCGAUUGGGAUGAGGCUGACAAGGAAGUCAAUGAUUAUAUGAAUGAAAGUGGCACGGAUGAUAAUUAUUCCUCAGGUCCUGAUAGCCCAUUACCCAUAGGAGCGGUUAUUAAUAAUAAUAACAACAACAAUAAUAAUAGAAAGAGGAAAAGACCCAAUGCUUCAUCCUUAGUAUUUCGACGUGCCAAAGCUGCUGUAAGAGGUCCAUCACGAUUAUCAAACAUGGUUAGAGUAAAUGAUACGGGUACAAGUGACGAAGAUGAAGAAAAUAAUCAAGAAACAGGAUCACAAAAGCAACAUAGUUAUAAAAGAGAUGAUGAUGAUGAUGAUGAUGAUAAUUCCUCAUCUUCUUCUUUAAGUAGUUUUGCGGGGGAGCUAGAUGAUGAAAUUGAAUAAUAAAAAUAAAUAAAAAAAAACCUUUUUAAAAAAAAUAGCGAACGAUGAUAGAAACGAG